UGAGCAUACUAAUCAACCAAGACGAAACUGCGGUUCAUUGGAUUACUCAAAGACGGUCCCAAAAACCGAAUUUUCCCUAUAUCUUGAACCUUUUUGAGUUAAAAAGUUGUAGUUUUGGGCAUAAUUUUACCAUAUUUUCCGUCUUUUUAGUCUUCGAAAAUGCGUUUUUUGCGCACCGACAGCCUAGAGGUCAUGGUCCGGUUAUCUUGCGAACUACCGUUUCUGCUUUGAUGAGGUUAAAGGAUAAGCUUUGCAAUCAAUGGUAGCUUCUGCAUAAUCUAAUGCGGAUUAAGCAAUUAGUGGAGCUCUGUGGCAUCAUAUGAGGAUGGAGGGCCUGCAAAAACUUCUACUCGUUCUUUUGAUCUUAGGAUGCAGGGGGACAUUGGGAGGAGCAGAGUACUUGAAGUAUAAGGACCCCAAGCAGCCAUUGAAUGCUCGAAUAAAUGAUUUACUCAAACGCAUGACUCUUGCUGAGAAAAUUGGUCAAAUGUCACAGAUUGAGAGGGAAAAUGCAACUGCUGAUGUCUUGAAGACUUACUUUAUAGGUAGUGUUCUGAGUGGAGGAGGUAGUGUGCCUGCUCCACAAGCUUCUAUUGAGACAUGGGUGAAUAUGGUAAAUGGCAUGCAAAAGGCUGCUCUCUCUACCCGUUUGGGAAUCCCAAUAAUUUAUGGCAUUGAUGCCGUCCACGGUCACAGCAAUGUCUACAAAGCUACCGUGUUUCCUCAUAAUGUUGGACUUGGAGCCACCAGGGAUCCAGCACUUGUGAAGAAAAUUGGUGCUGCCACUGCUCUUGAAGUUAGAGCGACAGGAAUUCCCUAUGUGUUUGCUCCAUGUGUUGCGGUUUGCAGAGAUCCCAGGUGGGGUCGCUGUUAUGAAAGCUACAGUGAAGAUCCUAAACUUGUUAAAGAAAUGACUGAGAUUAUCCCUGGCUUGCAAGGAGACAUUCCAGCAAAUUCUCGAAAAGGAGUUCCUUUUGUUGCUGGAAAGAGAAAUGUUGCUGCCUGUGCUAAGCAUUAUGUUGGUGAUGGUGGAACAUACAAAGGAAUCAAUGAAAAUAACACCAUUAUCAGUCAACAUGGACUGCUUAGCAUUCACAUGCCUCCUUACUACAGUGCUGUCAUAAAGGGUGUCUCCACAGUGAUGGUUUCCUUUUCAAGUUGGAAUGGGGUGAAGAUGCAUGCUAACCAUUAUCUAGUGACCGACUUUCUCAAAAACAAGCUCCAUUUCAGGGGAUUUGUAAUCUCUGAUUGGCAAGGAAUUGACAGGAUAACUUCCCCACCACAUGCAAAUUACUCUUAUUCAAUCCAGGCUGGAAUACAUGCUGGCAUCGACAUGGUAAUGAUUCCAUUUGCCUACACAGAAUUCAUCAAAGAUCUGACCUACCAAGUCCAGAAUAAUGUAAUACCCAUGAGCCGAAUAAAUGAUGCAGUACGGAGGAUUCUUCGUGUAAAAUUCACCGUGGGUCUCUUCGAGAAUCCAUAUGCCGAUCCUAGUUUAGCUGAUCAGCUCGGGAAGAAGGAACAUCGUGAUCUGGCUAGGGAAGCUGUGAGGAAAUCACUUGUGCUUUUGAAAAAUGGGAAGUCUGCCAAUGACCCAAUGCUCCCUCUUCCAAAGAAGGCAAAGAAAAUCCUUGUUGCUGGAAGCCAUGCUGACAACUUGGGUUAUCAGUGUGGUGGGUGGACAAUUACUUGGCAAGGGCUUAGCGGAAACAAUAAUACGAUCGGAACCACUGUCCUUGAUGCUGUUAAGUCCACGGUCGAUCCAAGCACCGAGGUCAUUUUUUCUGAGAACCCUGAUCCAGAGUUUGUAAAGCAAAGCAUGUUCUCCUAUGCAAUAGUGGUGGUUGGGGAGCAUCCAUAUGCAGAAACCGACGGAGACAAUCUAAAUCUCACCAUUCCCUAUCCCGGUCCGAGCGUGAUUCAGAACGUGUGCAGCUGCAUCAAGUGUGUCGUCAUUAUAAUCUCCGGGAGGCCCAUCGUGAUCGAACCAUACAUCGGCAUGAUUGAUUCCCUGGUGGCAGCAUGGCUCCCUGGCACGGAAGGCCAAGGUGUAGCAGAUGUUCUCUUUGGUGACUAUGGCUUUUCCGGCAAGCUUUCUCGGACAUGGUUUAAAUCUGUUGAGCAACUCCCUAUGAAUUUUGAUGAUCCACAUUAUGACCCUCUUUUUCCAUAUGGUUUUGGUCUUACUACAAUGCCAAGUAAGGCAAAUUAGAAAUCACUUUUGGCAUUGGGGUCGAAAAUGUGUGAUCAAGAAGAACAUCAUGUAGCACUUUGAUUUGCCUUUCAGAAUCAAUAAAAGCAAGUUUAUGCUCUUCUUCUAUCCA